CAAGCGUUAUCGUCAUUGAAUACGGUCGGUUCAGACAAGUUGUGAGGUUACGAAUAUUUCAGUACUAUCAGUUCUCAUCUCAAUUACAGUGAUUUGUUUUGGAGAUAGUGUGCUACAACAACAACAAUUGAAAAUUUUAUGUGUUAUUGUGCCGUCUAUGUUUUUGUGUAAUUAUCUGAUUCGCAAAACGUGUGGCAGAUUGAUACAGUACUAACGGUCAAUAAUUUGAAAAGCCGCGAAAACUCAAAGUCGCAUUUGGUACACGGCAAUAACAUUAAUCAAACGCUCAUAAAAAUAGCUUUUAUGAUAUAAAAAAAAGUUUCCAAAGUGGCAAAAGCAAGUAGAACAAAAACAAAAUUAUAAGUGUAAUAGCUCAGAAACAACAACAGCUAUAACAAAAACAAAAACACACAAUAAAAGCAAAAACAAAAAAGACAAUAUCACGCAAGGAUUCUUUCUACAAAUACAUACACAUCCAUACAUCCAUGCUUUUGUAUGUGUAGACAUCAAUAUUGGUUGUAUCGUGGAGCAUCUGAGCAGGAACAGCAGAUUUGCUUGAAUUGACACGUGUGCCACCAAUACGCUCUGCUUUGACCUUCACAAGGUGAAUCGCCCUUUGUGCGCAAUUAAAAGCGAACUAGACAACAAAGACGCCAACUAAUCGACAGCUCUCAAAACUGAGAAUAGGAGCUUUCCACAAACGUUUCGCCCUCCCGUAAGCGACGCAUACGCUCGCGUACGCAAACCAGUUUAAUCAUUGCUGCCUUUAACACCGCCACCAUUUCCACCAUCAGCACCAUUGAGCACCCGGCAGCGUCGGCCUCCGUCUCCACUUCCGCCUCCACCUCUGCUGCCGCUGUAAUUCCAAACGCUGCAAUGCGUCGCUCCUCAUUUACACCCGUCUUCAGUUUGAGCACUCAAGAGCCGCUCAUUGUUGUUGAAGAGACAAAUACCGUCGAGGAUGGUGGGGAGGCGGAAGGCGCAGCCGGUGGUGUUGAUACCGCAGGUGGCACACGCAAGUCCACAAGCGACGAUUCUGAGCCCGACUCGCCCGUCAAUCCGUAUUUGUUAUGCCCAUUUCCGGACAUGCAACAGCGACGCAAACAUUCUUUGCCAUCACUGCAAAUCACCGAGGGUAUAACAGCCAGUCAGGUGCGUCGUUUGUCGGAGGUGGGCGGUGAGAAUGGUGGACUUAGUCCGAAAGAAGUGGAGUUUCUGGCAACAUUGUCGCAGAAAGCAAAUCCCGCCGCGGGUGGCCGCCGACAUUCGGUUGUUACAAUUUCUGCCGUACCACCGACAUUGUUUGGACGCAAUCGACGGGAGUCGCUAACAGGCAUGCCGCUUGGCGGUGGCAGCCGACGUGGCAGUAUUAUUCAAGGACCACCACUCACCGAUCAUCGAGGCAGUAUCCACAAUUUACAACUGGACAUCAUGGAUGGCAUUGUGCAGACACGAAAACGUGCCGGCAGCGGUGUGUGGACGGCACCAGUACUGCAAGAGACCGAGAAUAAUGUGCCAGUGCAAACAUAAAUUAUAACAACGUCCCCCUACCCCACCAAUCGGCCCACGACCAUUAUACUCAAAACUAAUAACAUCAUCGACAUCAAUGGCGGCAGCAGUAACAACAAGAGCAACAAGCAAGAUGAGAAAAAUGUUAGUCAAAUUAGCAGCAAGACAAUUAAGCAGAAGUGCAGCGGCAAUGGCAAAAAGCAAAAAACAGUAACGGGCAGUUUGGAGGGUACAACAGCUGAAACAACAACAGCAGCGACAACGGCAACUGGUGGUAAUGGAUCAUCAACAUCAUGGCACAGCAAUUUAGUUUCACGUUUUGGCGCAUUGCUCUGCUGGCAAUCGCUGGACUGUUGAACCGACGACGAGGCGUGGCUUGAGUGACUCCAACAGUGCAACAGCGAGAUUGUAGCGCACAUUGUGUGUGUGGCACGUAUGGUGGCUGUGCCUAUGGUCGGUUUAGAAGUCAACCGAGCAGCAGUGGCCAACCGGAAAUGUCAACAGUGCACAGCGUGUGUCAACAAUACGGUCUAGCUCAAUUUGGUAGCAAAAUGUGGAAGCAAUCAUCAACAUUUCCGUAUUCCCAAAUGGUUGCGAGGCCACAUACACGAAAGUCACAAGUCCAUCGAUUUGCUAGUUAUUUGUGUCAGUACAUAUGUGUUUAAUGGCAACAACAUUGACGCUGUGCAGGGCACAAAUUUGCCAAAGGUCAGCCGAAGGGGGACGUUGGGAAGAAAAAGAAAUUACUUUAUAUUUUCAGUUUACUCGAUUUCUAUUGUUUGCGAAGUCAAGAGUGGUGUAUAAGCAGUGCUUGAAUUAUUAUUGGAGUAUUAUCAUAUAUUCAGGGAGAGUACUAAGACGUUAUGGAGAGCAACGGGUGCAUAAGCCAGCGAAUAAUUUACAACCUCAAUACAACUAAAACUUUUCAAUGGCUUGAAAAAACAACAAAUAAUGUGAGAUACACUGAUAAUCUUAAAUGAAACUAAACAACAAGAACAACAAUAACAAUAUGAUGAAAAGCAACUGUAGCAGACGCUACUGCGCGCGUUCGCUGCUCUUAUCUCCCAAAUGCACCGUGCACCAAUUAUUUACGGAAUAAUUGAAAUCACCCAACAAGCAAUGGAAAUUACAAACACACCGAUAAUCAAACCAAACCGAAAAUUAACACUUUCAUGAGAUUAUAAAAAGGACAUAAUUAAUUAUUAUUAAAUCAGGAAUUGAUAAAUUAGUGGUUAAAUAUAUAUAUGUAUUUACAAUAUCUGUAUAUGUUUGUAUAUUUUCGAAGUGCACCCAGCAAAUACGCUUACUUACAUAACACACAUACAUGCAUGCAUACAUAUGCUGAGUGUAUGUACUGUGUAUGUGUAUGCGUGUUUAUUACAAAAAACGAAUAUGUAACGGUAUGGAUAUUACGGAAAGUAAUAUAAUAAUCAAUGUACGAAAGUAGUAAAUACAAUUAAAAUAAAUUAAUUUAAAAUAUUUUUAAAUAUUUUUCUUUAAAUUUUUUGUUGAACAUACAUAUAUUUCGCGUAGGCAUGAAAAGAAUUCCAUGAAUUUUGUUAUAUAAUAUUUAUUUGAUUUAUAUUAUAUGGUUUUUUAUGUGAUAUUUUAUUAUUUACAUAUAUGAGAACGAUUACACUGCAGUACUGUAUGACUGCUGCUCAUAUAAAUUACGGUAUUUACUGUGCCCGUUAUUUUCCUAGUUGAUUUGUUUUCACCCUAUAAAGUUUAAAUUUUUGCCCUUAAAACAAGGAUUCAACUUUAAAAAAGCUCUUCAUUUUCGAUUUAAACCGUAACAAAAUCAUAUUUCUCUUCUCAUGUAUUAAAUAGCAUCGAAUUUGUGUAUAUUUUGCAUUACCCAAGUGCACCUACAACUUUCAAAGAAUGUUUUUCUGGUACAAAAUUUUCUGCUCUACAAAAAGUUUUAAUUAAUUUUUUUCCAUAAAAGCAGUCAUUUAAAAGUUAAACGCAGUUUAAAUUAUUAUAUCCAAUGUACUGAGCAUUCAUACGAAUUCCGUGUUGCUCAUACGACAUGGUGAACUGUAUGCAUAUAUGUAUGUAGUACAUUUGACAAGUAAUUUUAAAUGCCUAUAACUUUUAAAAUGAUAUUUGUUGAAAAAAAUUAUUCGGACUUUUUUGUAUAGCAGAUAAUUUUGCAAUAGAAUAUAAUUUGUUCAAAGUUGUAAACUCAUCUCCUUUCAAGAUAAAAUAUUUUUUGCAAAAGAUAAAAAAAUUGCUUAUAAAUUACAUGGGAAAAGUAAAAUUGUUUAAAAAUAAAAAUAAAUUUUCUUAUGUUGGAUAUUUUUGGGGCAAAAACUGAAACUUUAAGGGAAGUUUGCAAAAAAAUUUACUUGGGAAAUAGCGGACACCCUAAUACUAUACUUGUAUAUAUAUUGCAUAUGAGUGUAAUAACCCGAUACUGUCUAAAUAAUUUACAAUUAUUCAGCUAAAUUAUCUCGAAUAACUGCAAGAUCGUAUGAGAUUCGCGAGUUUCAGGAAAUAUUCCUAAAAAAAUUUAUUAAAGUGAACAGUUUCAAUAUUUUAACUUAAUAUUGCGGAAGAAGGCGAUCCAAUCGUUCCUGAGUUAGAAAUGGUGUAACUAAACCAACCUUUUUGGUAUAUAUACUUGUAUGAUUAUGUAGUGAUUAGAACACCAGCUCCGUUAAAAGCAAAUACUUUGUGAGAAAACUUUGUAAUAUUCGGAAUAGUUUCCGAAGUCGGUGUAAAAAACGAAAGUCAAAGUAGAGCCAACCGCUUCACUUGAUUUUUUUCAAUUAGAGAAUACUUAAAGAAAUGCUUCAACCGGACUGUAUUUCGCAGUUAGAAACUGUCUUCGAUUGAUUAAGCAUAGGAAAAUAUCGAAUCGAACAACCGUUCCCACGAAGGUCGGGUCUAAGUAACCGGAAAGGUCCCAAUUUUUAUCCGGCCAAGGAUUGUCAACUCAGCAACAUUCCUCGAAAUUGCUUUGAAAUAUUUUGUUCAGUACUUGUGGUGCUAUUAUGUGCAAACAUGAACCAUAAUAAUAUUUAUUUAUUUAUUUAUUUAACAAAUUAACGCCAAUCGGCAAUAUACAACAGUUACUUUUAUAAGUAAAAGAAUAAAGAGAAAAAAAAAAUAUAUAAUAAUAUGGGCAAUUGUAUUACAGUGAUCAAAUUAAUGGUAUGGAAGGAGUUUGUUCUUUAUAUUAUUGAUGAAUGAACUGAGGGAGCCUCCAUAGAAAUCGAUGUUCUACUGAAGUGAAUUUACAUGGUUAGCAAUCCUGUUGUGAGGUCCGUGGAAGACGUAGUUUUUCUGUGUCUUUGUUGUUUUAAGUUUCCGUGAAUGUCUCAGCGAGAAUGCCGUAGGAGCAAACUCAAAACUACCAAGAAUCUCUGGGGCAUCAAUUAGGUUGUUAGCAACCUUAAAGUAAAAGACUAGGUCAGCGACUUGACGACGUGUAGCUAGGCUGUUGAUUUUAUAGCGUG